GCCAGGACGCUGGAAAGUGUCAGGGAAAAAAAAAAAAAAAACCGACCGAGAGCCUCUGACCUACAGUCUGACCGUUUGGAUACUAGCAGAAGAUAUCGGCUCAGAAGAUCGGCAGAAAUAUCGGCGCAUCUGCUGGACCAGACUUUUGUUUUCGGCUCCAUCCUGGAAGGAUCACACUCAUGCCAAACAAAGCAGAGAGAGAAGUCAGAUCAUAAGUGGGACAGGGUGGCGGAGACAGUGUUGACGUUCAGCUGGUGGAGCAGGAACCAAAAAUUCAGGGACAUGUCCAGCAGCCACAGUGGUAGAGGUCAUGGGGGUCUUAACCAACUAGGUGGAAUGUUUGUUAAUGGCCGUCCACUACCGGAGGUGAUCCGGCAACGCAUCGUAGACAUGGCCCACCAGGGCGUGAGGCCCUGCGACAUCUCCCGACAGCUCAGAGUCAGUCACGGCUGCGUCAGCAAGAUCCUGGGGCGCUACUACGAAACGGGCAGCAUCAAGCCCGGUGUGAUCGGCGGCUCCAAACCCAAGGUGGCCACACCGAAAGUCGUGGAGAAGAUCGCAGAGUACAAGAGGCAGAACCCUACCAUGUUUGCCUGGGAAAUCAGGGACCGGCUGCUAGCAGAGGGAGUGUGCGACAGCGACACGGUGCCCAGCGUGAGCUCCAUUAACAGAAUAAUUCGAACAAAGGUCCAACAGCCGUUCAAUCUUCCUCUAGACGGUAAAGGUCUGAGUCCAGGACAAACCCUGAUUCCCAGUUCAGCCGUCACUCCUCCUGAGUCUCCGCAGUCGGAUUCCUUAGGUUCCACCUACUCCAUCAGUGGCCUGUUGGGCAUCCCCCAUCCCAGUACUGAAGGCAAGAGGAGUCAUGAUGACAGUGAUCAGGACAGCUGUCGGCACAGCGUGGACUCUCAGGGCAGCAGCGGUGUUCCAAGGAAACAGAUGAGAUUGGAUCACUUCUCAGUGUCCUCGCAGCACGUGGACUGCGGCUUUGACCGUCACCACUACCCCGCGGACUCGUUCAGCUCAGCCUCCGGCAGCAAGACCGAGCAGACUUUGUACCCACUGUCCCUCCUCAACGGCAGCCUAGACGAGGCCAAGAACAGCCUGUCAACGUCCAGCUCCAGCAUUGGACGCAACCUAUCGGCCCAUCAGAGCUACACCAUGGUGACAGAGUCCCUGCAGUCCCUGCCGCUGUGUCUAAAACAGGAAAUGUCCCCCGAGGUCACCAGCACGUGCCCCUCGCCAAACAUGACAUCCGCCAGCCUGGCGUUUGUGGAACUGCAGGCGCUUCAGAAACCCGUCUCUAUUAGUGGGAGCAAUGCAAACAACUGCAGCUCCGGCCAUUUUCAAAACGCAUUCAACUCAUUCUCCCAUCAUGCACCAGUGUACGGACAGUUCAGCAGUCAGUCUGUCAUCUCAGGCCGCGACAUGGUGAGCUCCACUCUGCCGGGUUACCCCCCCCACAUCACUUCACCUGCACAGACUGGAUACUCCUCCUCGACUAUCACAGGCAUGGUGGCAGCAGGUGCCGACUACAGCGGUCAGUCGUACAGCCACUCACCCUACACUCCCUACAGUGAAGCCUGGAGGUUCACCAACUCCAGUAUACUGGGAUCUCCCUAUUACUACAGCUCAGCCUCUCGCACUGCUCCACCGUCUGCUGCGGCCUACGACCACCUCUAGUCCCCGAGUCACUGCUGCUACACCAGACAGGACUUAAAGAGAUUUUACAUCGUCCUGGACCAAGGCAUAAAGUCAGACCUGGAUGUGACCUUGAGACCUUUGAGACUCAAAGCUGAAAAAACCAGCAACCAACAGAAUUUUUUUGUACGUCAUGUCAUAGCUUUGGGUUAUUUAUUUCCCACAGUUAACUGUGUCUCAUGCACGUUUACACACACGACUCACGGUUUUCCGGGGACUGAUAAUUUACAGAGCUCUUUAACGCUAAUUUUGGCCAAAGACACUUGUUUUCUCGCACUCCUGCAACUUGACGCCACUGACUCAGUGACACGGAUAUGCAACUCGUUUAUGAUGAACCAUAGUUUACAAAUAAAACGUUGUCUCUUUGAUUUGUGAAGCCUGUCCUAACACUACAGUCCUCGAUCCCUGUCCGCCCGCAAAUUCAUCCACUGAUUGGUUUGUUCCUGACUGUAAAUUCAGAUUUUGAGGACAAACGAAAAGGGUGACGUGUUAAAUCACCAUCACAACAAAAUGACCCGUGUACGCCCCUCCCGGUCAGUUAUAAUGUAUCUGAUUAGCAGUUUGUACAUAAUGUAAAUGACGGAUGGCCUGCGUGGAAGUGAUGCAGCUCCACUCGGAGAACAACAGCGUGACGGGAGGGGCCGGUCCUGGAAACUAAAACCAACAGGGCUUGAAAUGGGCCUGCGUCAGAUAUUUGUUUCAAAUAAAUUGAGUUUGUUUGCCAUGCUGAUGUUCUGAGGUUUGCUAAGAACUGUGACUAUUUUUUCUUAUACUCCCAUUAAUAUUAUUGCAGAUGUAAAUAAUGGAUUUCUAAAGAAUUAUUUUAAUUAAAGCAUGAGAAAUUUA